CUGCCCCGGCCGGCCGAAUCCUGCAUGCUGAUCUUCAACACCCUCCUGGAGGCCGUCCUGUUCGCCCUUGGCCUUGAGACUGGGCGUCUCGACCGCGAUCCCCGGCUGUGGUCCGUCGACCCCGCUGGCUUCAGCAGUCUGCUCGAUGACGCCGAGCCAUUCUUCGAGGACCUCCUCCAGUCAUUCUGCAAGCACCGACCUUUGUGGGGGAUCGGCCCGGCUCUGGGCAUCCUGCUGGACGACAUUCUUGCCACGGGCUCCACCGGCGCCUAAUUAAGGAGUCUCAGUGGAGCUCCACCAGCUUAUCUUCGAGUAUCCACAUCAUGUCUAUCCCCUAUAUCAAUCUCCAAAGCCAACGACAAUCAACAUGCAUAGUGCGCCUGUCGUAUGACGGAUCUUCGCCAGAAUCCUCAUCCAGUGUCACCGAACAUAAUCGACCACAGAGAUGACGUCGCCUCUGCACAUGGGCUGGUUUGGCCUCGGAUCGAUGGGCUUGGGCAUGGCGAUGAACCUGCAAAGGCAUCUUGCGACACAGGGCGGGCCCCCGCUGCACUACAGCAACCGCAGCCUGGAGAAAGGGCAACCGCUGCAGGAGGCCGGCGCUGUGCCCGAAAAGGACUUUGCGAGUCUCGUGCGCCAGUCCGAUGUACUCUAUACCAUGAUUUCCAAUGACGAGGUUUUGCUGGACCUAGUGGACCAGGCCCUAUCGACAGACGUCUCCUUGGAGGGAAAGAUCUUCGUCGACACCUCCACGGUACACCCCGACACCUCGGCGCUGGCCGCCCAGCGGCUCGGCGAGCGGGGUGCGGCGUUUAUUGCCUCGCCCGUGUUCGGGGCCAGUCGCGUGGCCGCUGCCGGGAAGCUCAUCUUUGCAAUGGCCGGGCCUGCUGCAGCACUGCAGACGGUCCGUCCACAGGUUGAUGUCAUGGGCCGGGCCAUUAUCGAUCUGGGCGAAGAUGUGCGAAAGUCGAGCCUGCUGAAGAUCACGGGAAACAUCCUCGUCAUCAGCUUUAUGGAAGUAAUCUCCGAAGCACAAGUAUUUGCCGAAGUGACCGGCAUCGGCAGCCAACAGCUCGAGGAAUUCAUCGGCAACAUGUUCGGGCCCGUGCUCGAGAGCUACUCGCAUCGGAUCACAAGUGGUGCGUACGCGCCACCACUCGAGACACCACCCGGCUUUGCCGCCGCCCUGGCGUGCAAGGACAUGAAACAUGCUCUGUCUCUCGCCGCCGAGCAUCACACGCGCCUACCCACCGUCGAGAUAGCCUCGAGCCGGUUAAACGCCGCGCGGGAUUACGCAGGUGAGAACCUGGACAGCGCUGCCCUGUACGGGAUUGCGCGACAGGAGACGGGGCUGCCAUUCUGGACGGCCAACAGUCGACAGGGGAAUUAAGAUGGACUGUGAGACUCUGGUAUAGCC